ACUGACUUUGGUAAUUGAGUGGCUCACAUCUCAAGUGUCAACCGCCGAGCAUUUGACCUUGCCUUGCGGUGGGCUGGUGGGCGUGCUAAGGUUGCAAGAUGAGAUGGGAAUUAAAAAAAAUGUUUUUCAAGCUCCCACCGUAGUUCAACACGUCGUACGAAUAUUAUUCUGUCAAAAUUCAAUGUACCCUAUCAAAUUCGGAUUUUUUGAUGACAAAUUGAAGAGCAACGCACUGCGAAAAGUCCAUAAAACCUGUGGAAGCGGCACAACCAUCACCAGAUGCCUUCUAAGAAAUCGCCCAGACCCGCUAACUACGAGCUCAAUCCGUAUACGCGAUUUUUUAAUGCCCAGAAAUCCCUGCCCCCGGAUAAAAAUGGCCAAUGGCAACAAGGAGUCAACAAUCGGGAAAGUGUUUAUGUCCUGUCCAAUAAGGCACGUGGAAAACAGCGAUCGGCCCGGGAAAAUAACCAGAACCAGCCGAUAUGGCGACGACGCGGUGGCGGCGGCAACGAGGACACCAUCAUGGUUGUCACCCAGGAUAACACGCAACAGCCGAAGGAUAAACCAUUGCUGACCGCCUCCCAAUUGGACUCCAUUUGCUAUGACAUCAUCAAAGAGCCACCGAUGCAGUUUCACGUGAACGGCACCGACAUUGUGCCCAGCAUUCGUGGCCUCAGACUGAGUGUCUGCGUGGAGCACACCCGAUUCCAACUGGUGGCCAAGGUCACCAGGAACAUGGGGUUCCAGCACGUGCCCGAGCACAGGUUGUGGAACAUCCAGUGGUCGGACUCAACGCCCCACCAUGACCUGCUGCGUAACAUGAAACGGUUUCAGCAGAUUAACCAUUUUCCAGGCAUGGUCGAGAUAUGCCGCAAGGAUCUGCUGUCGAGGAAUCUGAAUCGCAUGCUCAAAAUGUUUCCCGGCGACUAUCGCAUAUUCCCCAAAACCUGGCUUAUGCCAACCGAUGCCUACGAUGUAGCCAUCUAUGCGAGCAAGCACAAGCGCACUUUUAUCCUGAAGCCCUAUUCCGCGGGCCAAGGACGUGGCAUUUGGAUCACCACCGAUCUUCGCACUGUGGGCAAGCGGGAGAAGCUCAUCUGCCAAACGUACAUCGAGCGGCCCCUACUGAUAGAUGGCUACAAGUUUGACCUGCGCGUCUACACACUUGUCACCUCCGUGGACCCACUGCGCAUUUUUGUGUACAAUGAGGGCCUGGCCCGCUUUGCCACCCAGAAGUAUGUGCCACCAACGACAGGAAACAGCCACAAUGUGUUCAUGCACCUGACCAACUAUUGCCUGAACCGCCGGAACUCACAGUACAUGGUGGGUAAUGGACCGGAAGCGGGCUCCAAGCGCAAGCUAAGUGCCUUCAAUAAGUGGCUAUUGGAUCACAACUACGACGUGGCCGAGUUGUGGGCUAGUGUGGAUGAUGCGAUUAUAAAGACGCUGAUUAGUGCUUGGCCCACGCUGAAGCAUAAUUACAACAUGUGCUUUCCAAAGCACGACAAGAUACAGGCCAGCUUUCAGUUGCUCGGCUUCGAUAUCCUGGUGGACUGGAAGUUGAAGCCGUACAUUCUGGAAGUCAAUCACACGCCUAGCUUGAGUGCAGAUGAGGCGGUGGACAUGGAAGUGAAGCGUCCCUUGAUUCGAGACACUCUCAAUAUGCUCAGCACCGCUUUGGUGGACAAGGAGCAGAUUAUACGCGACGAUCGAACUGAACACAGGGCCAGACUGCUGAGGAAUAUCUACAACAAGAAGGCUGCAGCCCAAAUGCCGGGUUACUCGUCCCCCAUCCGGGAAGCUGGGGGCCACGAUGUGCGGCAAGCCUGCUCCAUUGGGGCGUUAACCCAACAGAUUGCCUGGGAGGAGAGCCAUCUUGGCAACUAUCGGCGUAUAAUGCCGCCUCGGGACUCCACCAAGGUCAACUACUAUUGCAAGUUUUACGAGCAGAAUAAGCAGGCCAUGUUCGCAGACACACGUGCAAGUCGCAGACGCGAGGAACUGAAUCACCAGGCAAUGCAAAAGCACCAGCGGGAGCGCCAGCAGGAUCUGAUUCAGCAGCAGCAGCAGCAGCAGCAGCUGGCGCAGAAUCGCAUGGGCAAGCAAGUGCGUUGGCCAGGUGAUCUGGUGCAAGCGCCACAGGUGAGUCCUGUGAUCCUGCAGUCGCGACGACGCCGCGAGGAGGCCGAGGCGCAUGCGAGAAGGCAUCGAGCUUUGAUAGCUCGCGAAAUUCAGCGGCAAAAGGAGCAACUGCUGGCGCCCACUUGCGCCAAGGAGCGUUUGGGCAUUUGGCAGAGUGUCCGCAGGGAGAAACGCCGCCAGUGUUCCCCCAAACGCAGCAGCAGCAUCUCCAAAGCCCAUCGCCGCAAGCAGCAGCGAAAUCUUAGCCAGCGGGCACGCCAGCAGCGGAUGCUCGAAUUGGAGGCCCAGCGGGAUGCCAAAUUCCUGGAGGAGCACGCCAAGCAACAACGCCUCGAUGGUGGCAGGCUUACGGGUCAAAGUGGAUCCCCAGGCUCCGUAAGCAAGAUCAUCGAGAAAAGUACGAGCAGCUUGAAAAAAAAGGCGAGAGCAAAGGGAAAACACGUGUUGCGAAGGAAAACACUCCGGGAAAGUAACCACAGCCACAUGACAAAGUCAAGGCUGGAGCUCAAAGCUGCCACUGAAGCUCAAGCUUGUGCAAAUUGGACUGCGGGCUCCAUCAGCGAAGUGGAGGCUAAUCAACUUCGCGACUGGCGAAAGGAAAGGGCCAAUCUGUUGAGUAAGGCCAGGCUCAGGGAGUUGAUCUUUUCAAAAAUGUACGAGAACGGGAAUCUGACCAAGAACGAUAUCAAGUGCUUUCCGAAUCUGCUUUAUCAAAUACUUAAUAACGAGGAAGCCAGUUCGCGAUAGAUCGAUGUUUCCUGGAUUUCUCUGAAUCUUGGGCAUUCUGCAUGUGUUUUCGCUCAGUGAAUUGUCUUGGCAAGCAUUGUUUUAUACCGCCAGUUUGUAGGUGUUAAAAUUAAAAAUGAAGUCUCACUCAAAG